GUGUGGAGCCUGGGGUUGGACUCGAUGAUCCUUGUGGUUCCCUUCCAACUUGGGAUAUGCUGUGAUUCUAAGUACAAUAACUGGUUUAGGAAUGUGCUGCGUGGUGGUGAGCUUGGUGACAUCGAGCAUGAUGUGUCUUUCGUUUGCUCUGCAGAGAUCGUGCAAAUUUGGGAUCAGGUGUCUCUUCAUGUUCAGCGGCAGCUGGCACUGAGCAAGAGCGUUGAGAUAGUUGGACUGGGGACUUUUGCUGUUCAUACACAAGAGCUACACACAGGAAGGAAUGAUUGCUUGCUCAUUCAGAGACCUGUAUUUCAACUGUCCAGCGUUAUCAGAAGGAUUUUCGAUCUUACCUAUGCUAAAAGAAUUAUUCCUGGUUCUAAACUAGCUGUCCCAUUGGACUACGCCGCAAUAGCCCUGGAGACAUCUCAUCCCCGGGAUGCCGUGGAGAACUGCGUAAAUGAGACUGUGAUGUAUCUCUCUCGCUGUAUCUCAAAUGGACUGAAUGUUGACUUUGUUCUCCGGGACAUGGGUGUCCUUCUUAUCAGGCAAAAGAAAGUCAGAAUGAGGUUUUACGAAAAUUUUCUUCUCAGCCUGGAUGGAGCGGGAAACUUGAAGGAAAUUAUUAUCAGUAGGAAGAAAGGGACGAUGAACUGGGUCAUUUCCCAGGGAGAAAAUGGAGUUUCUGAUGUCUUUACUGAAGCUGACAUCCUGUUUCCCAGCCUGCAGUUUAAGACCGAACAUGGAAAAUUCUUUCUUAAAUCCCUCCGUGAAAGACCUACCAAACCCUUGCAGGAGAAGAAGACAAAAGAUGUCUUUAAGGAAGAGAUUAACAGAAAAGGGAUUCUUUCAGCUCUUCCUCACAGCGGUCCUGUGAACGUCAGACCUGUUGACUUGAAGGAACAGCGAAGGGAAGAAAUCAAGAGAAGAAAAUCCCCCAUUAGGAGGCUGUAUGAAGCUGGGGGAAGAUCCUGUGAGGAACUGGAUGGUAAAACACUUGAAGCUGAACCCAGAGCUGAGCCCCAUGUUCCUGACCACUAUAUCAAAGCAACAGCGAGUGAAGAGCUCCAAGAUGCUGGAAGAAACUGCGAGUCCAGUCUCACUGCAGGAAAGAAAUAGUAAAAACAGCAGCAGCACUGACACUGCAAGUCAAAGAGCACAGAGCUCCCACCAAGUGGGAUAUGGGACCGUGAGCGACCCAACUCUAAAUUACGUUUCAAAGGAAACCUCUUGGAACAUUUUCCUGCAUUUUAAGAGAACAGUUGUCAGAACAGUAUGAGUUGAUAAAGCUAAAGCCAGCCCCAAUUGUAUUUAGGCUUUUAUUCAAGUACCACCCUUCCUUCCUCUCAGAGCAACGCAGUGGUAAGAACAUACAACUUAGAAUACAACAACCAACCACGGCUGAAAAUCACAACUGCUUUUGUGUCCUAUUUCACUUUCAACAUUUGCAGACACUACAUAGUAUCAGUCUCCAACCUGUGUGUUCUGAAUAGGGUUUAGCUUAUAUCUGAACAAAGCCUGAGCACUUCCCCUGCCUUUGUGGAGUACUCUCCAACCCACUUCUCCACCUCCACGGUUUUUCAGACUACCAGCCCCACAUGCAUAAGGUACACAGGCCCACUGCUGCUGCCUAAAUGCUAGUUCAUGCUGUGCUAGCAGCUCAACUGAACUACAAGUUAAAACCUCCAGCUUCAGUUGCUAUCCUUCCCCUCAUCAGCUAGUUUUACUACAAAGGUACUAUGGCUGUUUUCUAGGAGUAAGAACAAUAUAUAUUUUUUUUUAAUAAAAGAGGGGUAAUCAUAUAUUAUAGACUAACAUUUGUAAACUACUUGCCAGCUCCAGAUCUCGGGUUUUUUUUUUUGCAAAUUUCUAAGUACAAAAUAAUAGAACUGGCUUAGUCAAUACCACUUCAAGCUGAACAGGUAGGCCACCUUAAGCAGAGAAUUUAUGAGCUUCCCAAACUGGAACAAAGAGGCAAAUGCAAUAUCCUGAAAGAUAAAAGCCAGAUAUAUACUUGAAAAGUCAGUAGAAGACAGGACCAUUUCCUUAACUGAAUCCACUGAUCAAAAAAAGCACCAAUACAUUGCCAAAGACAGGGUGCUUAUAUGUAUGUAAUACCCUAAUGCAUUCUUUUCAAUUAACAUGGUAAAGGAUAAGAGGACAGUAGGAAAAAAGAGCCUUAAAUGGUUGAUCUUUAGUAAAUAUUAACAUUCCUGUUGUUCAUGCAGGUAUACACAACGAUUCUGCAAUGUCUUACACCACUUACACAGAAUACAAACAUUAACAUUUCAAUGAUAAGCACACAUGUUUUAACCCUGGAUAAUAUUCAAUCGCUUCAUUAAGUUUCUAGUCAGCAAAAAAAAAGGAUGAAUACAGAUUCAAGCACACCUACCAAGUGCCAAGUAA